AUGGAGGUUCCAACCGCAAGCUCGCUGAAGGACAUCUACCCCGACGAUGCCGUUUCCGUCCAACAGAAGCGCUGGGAGCAUCUCCUGGCCUCCUUCAAGGACCGUUACGGCAAACAGGCCGAUUUCGUGUCCCGCAGUCCUGGCCGCGUGAACAUCAUUGGCGAGCACAUUGACUACUCGCUUUAUGAGGUCCUGCCCAUGGCUGUGACUGCUGACGUCCUCAUCGCUGUCGCCGUCCGUCCCGCAUCUGAGGGCGCCCAAGUCCGCAUCGCCAACGUCAACCCGGAUAAAUUUCCCACACGAGAGUUCGAGAUCCCUGCCCACGGAGAGGUUCCGAUCGACGCAGCUGCGCAUGAAUGGACAAAUUACUUCAAGUCCGGCCUGCGUGGCGCGGCUAAACUCCUGGCGAAGAAGAAGGGGCAAACCGAGUUUGCAUCGGUGGGCAUGGAUAUCCUGCUUGACGGCACUGUCCCGGCCGGUGGCGGCCUGUCAAGCAGCGCCGCGUUUGUGUGCGCUAGUGCCCUUGCUGUCAUGCGGGCCAACGGGGAGGAGAAGGUCGACCAAACGGAGCUCACCGAGCUGGCCAUUGUUUCGGAGCGCGCUGUCGGUGUCAACUCCGGCGGCAUGGACCAGUCCGCCUCUGUCUUCUCUCAGCGCGGGAGCGCCCUCUACGUCUCUUUCAAGCCUAAGCUUUCCACGAGAUCUGUGUCUUUCCCCCACACAGAUCCCGAGCUUACCUUCGUGAUUGCCCAAUCUUUUGUGGCUGCGGACAAACAUGUUACCGCACCAGUUUGCUACAACCUGCGCGUUGUCGAAUGCACACUGGCGGCGGCGUUCCUUCACGCCGCAUUCAGCCUCAAGAAGCCGCUUCCUGAGGACUCAUCGCCCCUGGGCAUCAGUCUGAGAGGAUUCCAGGAUACAUACUUCGAGGAAAAGGAAGGCAAGGCAGAUAACACCCAGACGCCGCUGCCGGAAUUCCAGCAGCAGCUGGAGCAACUUCUCACCAUGUGUGAGAAUUACCUCACCCAGGAGGAUGGAUAUACCCGUGAGCAGAUUGCAGAGAUGCUGGGCGUCAGCGUGGACGAGCUCAAGGAGCGCUUCGAGUCCAAGUUUGCCGUGCGUGCGGAGCGCUUCAAGCUCAAGCAGCGUGCCAUGCACGUCUUCAGCGAAUCCCUGCGUGUGGCCAGGUUCCUCGAUCUGCUGGACAACCCGCCGGCACCCAAGGACGGCAAGACAACCGAGCUGCUGCAACAGCUGGGGGCGCUGAUGAACGAGACGCAAGAGUCAUGCCGCGACCUGUACGAAUGCAGCUGCCCGGAACUCGACGAGCUCUGCGAGCUGGCCAUCAGCGCCGGCGCGGUGGGCAGCAGGCUGACUGGCGCCGGCUGGGGUGGCUGCAGCGUGCAUCUCGUGCCAAAGGACAAGGUUGAGAAGGUCAAGACCAAGUGGGUGGAGAAGUACUAUAGGAAAAAGUGGCCCGACAUCACAGACGAGAAGCUCGAGUCCGCGAUCGUCGUUAGCAAGCCUGGUUCUGGCAGCUCGGUUUUCAAGGUCGUCGGUGAUAAUGUCGUUUGA